AUGGCUGCUGCUAUGGUCGCGUCGGAAUCUUCCCUCAGCAGUCGCGUUUCCCUGAUCUCUCUUGACCCGGCCAUUGCCAGUCAGAUCACCGGGACCACUCGGACAACAACCGCCCCUUCCGCCUCGCAACAUGGCUCUAGCCCAAGAAAAAGCACAAAAACGCCCGAUACUGAGGUGUCGCGCAAGCAUGUGAGGAACAAUUCUGCCCCGAGCGUCUCGGAUAAGAGGGGACCGACUUCGCUACGGCGCGUGAAGGAUAGUACGGAGGUCUUGAGACAGCGCUCUACAAAGUCCUCGAGCAGGAAGGCAAAACAGAGUCUGGAGCCGGUGUCCGACAACGUCCAUGGACGCAACUUCAUUGUCGGCAAUGUCGGGACCGGAGGUGUCCUCUAUCUGACUCCUUCAAUGCACCAGAAAGCUAACCCGAGCCCUACCUCCGUUGCCUCGCCAGCACAAUUGCCAUCGACUGCACCAGCCCUGCUUAGCACUGGCGAAACCCCUGCUCUACCGAAAGAAAGGGCGUCUACCAGCAGGUCAGAGUCAUCUUCCCAAUCUCGACGAACCGCCUCGAAGCGAUCAGCUAGGCCUUCGCGAAGACCCGCCGUCGUUCUCAACCAUGGUCGGUCGCAGUCGUUCUCCACCGUCGAAGAGCACCGGCAGUCGCUGCUUGGGCCACAGGCCCGGACCGUAAGAAUCGUCAUACAUCGCCCAGAAACAGCGAGACCGAGCACAUCGCAAGAUUCCACAAGGGAGCCCGCGCCAGAGCUGCAUCCAACUCUGGAAGUUCCUAUUCCACAUUACCGCAUCGGUACUUUCCGUCUGAGUUCCAAUGGAACGCCCAUGCUGCGGGGUUCUUCCUACACACCGGCCUCUGCCACGCCAUCCGAUGUUACGCCUACUACAGCGAUCAUGCAGGCAGAAGGUUACUUUGGCGGGCCUCCGCCUGCCAGCCUCAAAGCAUUCGCUGGUCUCGAACCAAAGGAGACGGGCGCCAUGGAUGCUGCCUCCCUCCGACCACCGAUGCCAUUUCUGUCCCAGGGCACGUCUGCACCGACUGCCAGUUUGCCCAGUAUGGUCCAACCGGAAGUAUUUGACGACCUGACCCAGAUCUACGACGAUCCCUCCGUCGUCCGGUAUUGCCAGAACGUGAGAGAGAUCACAGCAGCUACCCCCGCCCGCAUCAUCGCUCAGAUUUCGUCCGAUUCAUUCAUGGACUACGACCUUGUGUCAGACUUCUUCCUCACAUUCAGGUCAUACAUGUCCACCUAUCAGGUGCUCGAUCUGCUGCUUGCGCGACUGAGGUGGGCUAUUGGUCGACUGGAAGACGAUGGACGGAUCAUCCGAGUCCGCACCUUCGCUGCUCUUCGACAUUGGAUCCUCAACUACUUCAUGGACGACUUCUUUCUCGAUCGCCGCCUGAGGACACGCUUCUGUAGAGAGGUCAACAGAUUGUACCUCGACGUCAAGGCGAGUCCGAAGCAUGGGUUUAGUGAUCUCAAGCUGUUGCGCGACUUGAAACGAUGCUGGAAUGGACGUUGUUCGUUGUGCUGGGAUCCCGAGGACUUCGACUUGGACGGCGACCAGGACGAAGAGAUUCAUCCUGGAGGAGACGCGGACGAUGACAGUACGCCGAAGUUGCAAACUACUAUACAGCCUCCCCACAUAAGACCCGAGUCCCCUCAAACUCCCGUGCUAAGAGGGCCGACUCACAGUUGGUUCGAUCCAGACGCUGUCCUCAGACCCAGCCACGAACGCCAGGAGUCUAACAAUUCGGGCCUCUUGAGUGACGGCAGCCUUCAAGCGAGUUCCUGCUUCGUCCCGAGGAACAUUCUCCGGCCUGGCACCGAUGACGAAGCUGCGCGGUCGAGAGCUCGCCAUCCAGUUUCCGUCCAGUUGCGGCGAAAAAACGCUCCAGCGAAUCUGCAAGUCAUCACCCAACCGACAGCGGCACCGAAGUCGCUUGGCCAUAGAAAAGGAGCAAGUUCAAUCGAUAGUAACCGAGAACCGACUCCACGCAAAGCCCAAGCUGACCCGCCAGUGCCCACGAUAGAUGAAGGCAGUAUCAUUCGGGGGCUGCUGUACAGCCCAAGCGCCCCGUUCGUACAGAUCGCUUCCUCCCACUCGACCCAGUCGCUCGACAGGAGUGACACGUUACGAGUCGGCUCCAGAAGAGAGCCGGGUGGUACACAGUCAGCUGCACAACCUCCUGCGAGAAACAUUUUUGGGUCAUUACGGAAGGUGCUUGGAAACAAGCAUGGCCAGCUUGAUGUGACGCUUCUCACGGUCUCACAAUCCGCCCAAGAAGUCCCCAUUCGAGAUCAAACAUCACAGCUGCCGCUCAACAUCUCCAAGUCCCACGAUGAACUCCGGAACAAGACAACAGCAGGCAUGCCGAGAAAAGGCGAAGUCCGUAUUGACCUUCUCUCGGCAGCAGUCUGCCAGAAUUACGAGACAAAGUUUCCUUCCAAGCAUCGGAUAACCUACGGACCACUUUUCGCCACGAAUCCUGGUCUACGACCAGCUACGUCGAGCCAGGAAAGUCUUAGGCCGCAGCGAGCGGCUAGUCAUGCUACUCGUCAAAGCGGUUCCAUUUUGAUUGUGGAUGACACGCGUCUCGAUCUGCCGUCGAUGUCUGGUGCGCUCGCCAUGGCAAAUAAGGAGCUUGAAGUUAUUCCGGCGCCCGUGCUUGUUGGUCCUCCUGGAACUGCUCUGGACGACCGCAAAGAGAGUUUUGACGCAGUCGCAACACAAAGAAGCUCAAAUGUUCUUCCGCAAUAUGCAGAGACGCCGCCCACACAGGGCAGCCAUGAUACACUGGAGCAGGUGAUGGUAGAUUUAGCUGUUCCCGCCAGGACGUCGGAAGACAAUGGUUCUAUCUCUCCUAGGGUGGAAAGAACGCAUUCUCCUACCACAGCCAGUUCCAGAACCGUGAAGGAAGAGCUCAGACACGCCAAUACACCUGGAGCCGAGCCUGAACCCACAACCGUUCUGAAGAGCACAGAAGACCAAGACACAGAGGGAGAGGAAUCUGAGUCCGAGCUGAAAUUGCCAACCCAGACACUUAGGCGGAGACCAGGAGGAGACUUGCGUGGCGUUGAAAACGUGCAAGAGCUGGAUCAUGGUUUUCAUCACACUUCCCUCGAUACGGCCAGCGCAGUAUCCGAUUCCCCCCAUGAAUCCUUGCUUAUCAUGAAGACCGAGACUGCCAAGCAGGCUCCUCCAGUGGGGGGUCCCCCGGUUGAGGUUCCCCCAGCGCCCAAGCCUAUUUCCUUAAUCAACACUCACUCUUCUCAGCACCUUCGCCCAUCGUUCGAGGCGGCGGUCGCCGGUUUCUCUGAUAUUCCCGACGAUGAAGAUGGUGGGCUCGAGGCUACUCUUUUGAAACUUGAGGGUCGUUAUGAAAAGAGGUCACCUCCGAUGGAGCAGCAUCCCUUGGACGGCAAUUCGAGGCGUCGAUCGUUGCCCGAGCUUAGCCGUAUCUCUCAGUCUCGACUUCAAGAGCAUGCAGUCAAUGUUGAAGCCCCAGUCGCUGGUACGUCUGUACAUGUCCGUACGACGGUAGACGAAAUCGCCUCUGAAGAGUCGAACGACGAGCCUCUUACUCCGGAACCAGUGGUGGCCGAAGCCAGGCCAGCAGCCUCGCGGAGGUCUUCGAUCUAUGGGCUACCGACCGAGUCUGUUGCAGACUCCGAAGAGUCGUAUGGUUCUCUGCCGCUCUUGCAACGCGAUGAAGGCCAGGAGAGUUCUCCUGUGAUACCACAUCCAAAACCCCCCACAGAUUUACCACUCGUGGCUCCGGGAUAUUUCCCACAGGACCCGCCGCAGUUGUUUCACCUGCCGAAAGGACCUCCACCGAGUGGUAACAAGCACAGAAACAGCAUUCCUCGCCCGGGCACGGCCAACGAGAGCGCGCACUCGUUCCUUCUUGACGAGGACGAGAAUCUGUCGGAUUUGUCGUCGGAGAUUUCUGUCGACAUCAUAAACUAUUCAGAGGUGGUCGACCGCUCGAUCUCGCCCAUGCUUGCAGCGCCGGGGACUGCUAUCUCCGGCCUCGAGAUACCGGCGCAUCCUUUGACCUAUGCGUCGGUCGUGGAUCUAAGAAUACCCACGCCACCAGAACAGGCCUCGGAUCCAAUACCGCGGGGCGAGAAACCAGAAAACACCAAGGCGACAAACACACGACAGCCAUCUAAGCAGCAGGACUCUCUAUCCACUCAGACCUUGGCACGUCUGCCCGCUGGUCCGGCGCACAUGCCCUUUAUCCUCGCCUGUGACUCGCAAAUUCUUGCCCAACAGAUGACACUGGUCGAAAAAUCCGCAUUAUGUGAAGUCGAGUGGUCCGAUCUGGUGGAGAUGCGUUGGGAUAGCAAGAAUGCCGAGGUUGUAGACUGGGUCGAGUGUCUGUCAAAUGGUAAUAUCCGGGGGAUCGACCUGGUCAGCACGCGGUUCAACCUGGUCGUGAAAUGGGCACUGUCGGAGAUUGUCCUGACCCACGACAUCCACGAGCGGGCUCGGGUUAUCACCAAGUAUAUCCACGUGGCAGCACAUGCGCGCAGGUUGCACAACUAUGCGACGAUGUUGCAGCUCACACUUUCCCUCACGUCUACCGAUUGCACUCGUCUGUCAAAGACGUGGGCCUUAGUAUCGAGCCCAGACAAGUCUCUACUCAAGCACAUGGAGACCCUUGCACAGCCUUUGCGCAAUUUUCACGACCUGCGAACGGAAAUGGAGUCGGCCGACCUCAAUGACGGCUGCGUUCCUUUUCUGGGACUGUAUAUUCGGGACUUGACAUAUAAUGCACAGAAGCCCAGUCACCUCCCCGGCGGUCGUAAUAACGAGUCUCUGGUCAACUUCGAGCGUUAUCGAAGUACCGCUGUGAUUGUCAAGGGGCUACUGCGACUUAUCGAUGCCAGCUCCAGGUACAAUUUCGAACCCGUCCCCGGGAUUAUUGAGCGAUGUCUCUGGCUGGCCGCUCUGAGCGACGAUCGAAUACGUAGUGCAAGCAAAGCUCUGGAGGAGUAG